UAUGGUCCGUGGUCAAAGAGCAGCAGUCACAAGCCUGGAUAAGCUUGUGUUUAAUUGCACAGACUUUGGCUUGCAGCACUGGCAAAGACUGCCUUUCCACAGCACACAAUUUCACCAACAUGGAACUGACUGCAGAGAAUCACUCCAUUCCCCUGAGUGAUGGCAACAGCAUACCUCUGAUAGGACUGGGAACAUAUGGGAAUCCCUCCACGACUCCAAAAGGAACUACAUGUGAAUCAGUCAAAGUGGCUAUCGAGAAAGGGUACAGGCACAUUGAUGGGGCUUUGGUUUAUUUUAAUGAACAUGAAGUGGGACAAGCAAUAAGGGAAAAAAUAGCUGAUGGAACGGUGAAGAGAGAGGACAUCUUCUACUGCGGAAAGCUGUGGAACACAUUUCAUCCCCCAGAGCUUGUCCGGCCUGCUUUGGAGAAAACCCUACAGACCCUGCAGCUGGAUUACGUUGACCUCUAUAUUGUGGAGUUGCCCACAGCCUUCAAGCCGGGAGAUACAUUCUACCCCAGAGAUGAGAAUGGGAAGUACCUUUACCAUGAAACGGACCUCUGCGCUACAUGGGAGGCUCUGGAAGCCUGCAAAGACGCCGGGCUGGUAAAGUCUCUUGGAGUUUCCAACUUCAACAAGCGGCAGCUGGAGUUAAUCCUUAACAAACCCGGACUGAAACACAGACCUGUGUCGAACCAGGUUGAGUGCCAUCCCUAUUUCACUCAGCCAAAGUUGCUUGAAUAUUGCCGGCAGAAAGAUAUCGUCAUCGUGGGUUACAGCCCCCUGGGGACAUCUAGAGACGCAUCCUGGGUCAACCUGAAAUGCCCCCCAUUGUUGGAGGAUGAGCUGCUGGCGUCAGUUGCCAGGAAGUAUAACAAGACCACAGCUCAGGUGUGCCUGAGGUUCAACGUGCAGAGAGGAGUGGUGGUCAUCCCCAAGAGCUUCAACCCUACUCGCAUUAGGGAGAACUUUGAGAUAUUCGACUUCUCUCUCUCCGACGCUGAGAUGAAGGCGAUUGAGGGGCUGAACAAGAACAUUCGCUUUGUGGAGCUUCUCAUGUGGUCUGAUCACCCGGAGUACCCGUUUCAUGAUGACUACUAGACCUCAUCGAUAUCAAGACUUAGCAAUUGUUCUUGUUUUUACAACAUUAUGACUUUAACUAAGAAGUAGUUUUACAACAACUUUUAUUUACACUACAUUUUAUGGCAUGUUUAACAUGUUCAACUAUUUCCCUGAGGUUUACACCGAAGGGAUCAAUAAAGUUUUAUUCUAUUCUAUUCUUAUAUAUACUUUAUUACCCUGUACUUUGUUAAGAACGCAAUGGUGAUUAUUUUAACAAAGUCCGUCUGUGUCCGUACUAACUAGAUUUCUAAGCCCCAAAAAAAUAAAACUAAUAAUAAAUAAAUAAAACUGC